GAAUAUGUUGUAAACACAAGGGAACUAUUCUUUCGCCUUUUAUUGAAGAAAACCAUGCGCUCGCCAUAAUUUAUGGCUUUUUCCAUUUGUUAUAAGCAUUUUGGGUCCUAAAAUAAGAGAAGAAAAAGAAAGAAAUUGUGACAACGAAUUACUGAGAGAGGAAUUGAAAAUACUUACUAUCAUCAUCUUCUAAAAUAAAGAACAUUUAAUCGUUGUUCGUAAAAAUGAACAAGCUGGGGUUUGCGCGUAAGGAGAAAGUUCAGCAAUUCAUGUCUGUUACUGGGUCAAGUGAGAAAUCGGCUAUUCAGACUAUGAAGACCAAUGAUUGGCGUCUUGAAGGAGCAUUAGAAGCAUACUACAACCAGGAACAUGUUAAGGCAGCUAUAGAGAAAAACCGAUGGGAGGUGCUUUUCAAUAAAUACAAAGACCCGAAUGUUGACAUGAUUAUGGCUGAUGGUAUUAGCAAUCUCUGCAAUGAUCUUCAGGUUGAUCCUCAGGAUAUAGUUAUGUUGGUACUUUCGUGGGAAUUGAGAGCUGCAACCAUUUGUGAAUUCUCCAAGCAGGAGUUUAUUGGUGGAGUACAGUCUCUUGAAAUAGAUUCAAUGGAGAAAUUCAAGAAAAAAAUCCCCCAUUUGCGAUCUCAGUUGAAAGAUGAAGAUACUUUCCGUGAAAUUUACAACUUUACUUUCGAUUGGGCAAAGGAGAAGGGUCAGAAAACUUUGGCCUUGGAAACAGCACUUGCAUUGUGGCAUUUGCUUUUUGCAGAAUUGGAGUGGCCAUUGAUUGAUCAAUGGUGUGAGUUUAUCCAGGAACGGCAUAACAAGGCUAUCUCACGUGAUGUUUGGUUACAGCUACUGGAAUUUGCAAAGACUGUGGACGCGACAUUAUCUAACUAUGAUGCUGAAGGAGCUUGGCCUUGUCUUCUUGAUGAAUUUGUUGAAUACUCGAUCGAAAAUGGCACUUGUGCUAAAAAGUCAGAUGAGUGAUGGGAGCUGUGCUGCAGUCACUUUCUGUAAUAUGAAAUGUUAUAAUAUGAUGCAAAGGACCACAGAAUGUUGCAGUGUUGUUAACAAGCUUACCACUGAC